AAGCGCGCCCUGAGGGUUCCACGCCUGGCCCGGGGGCCUGCACCUCUCCUCCAGUGCGCGCCUGCAGCUGCGUCCGGGGUCAGGCGCGGGGAGAGAGGAACUCUCAGGGUCCCUUCCAGCCUUGCACGCGCCCUUGGUCCCUGCCCCAGCCCCUUGGUUUAAGGGAGAUUUCAGGACGCGGACAGCGCCCUAGCUGCCGGCCGGAGGGGACUGGAUGGAGCUUGGGGAGCCCCAAAGCAGGGCUCACUCUCUUCAAGUUUGGGGAACCCCGCUCAGCGGGUGCAGGCCACGGGAUCCAAAGGUUCUCAGGUGCCCACUUGCAGGCUGGUCGUGCGCGCCGUGGGGCGCUUGUCGCGAGCGCCGAGGGCUGCAGGACGCGGACCAGACUCGCUGUGUUCGACUGAAGCUGGCGGGGGGCUGGGUGACAGCUAACAGGUGAUCCUCUUCUUUCUGUUCCUCGCUCUUCACCUCAGAUCGUCCUCCCGCACCGUAUCUCCUUCCUCCUCGCUGUCCUCUGGCUAGCAGGUCAUGGCAGCGCCGGGCGGCAGGUCCGAGCCGCCGCAGCUCCCCGAAUACAGCUGCAGUUAUGUGGUAUCGCGGCCGGUCUACAGCGAGCUCGCUUUCCAGCAACAGCACGAGCGGUGCCUGCAGGAGCGCAAGACGCUGCGGGAGAGCCUGGCCAAGUGCUGCAGUUGUUCAAGAAAGAGAGCCUUUGGUGUGCUAAAGACUCUCCUGCCCAUCUUGGAGUGGCUGCCCAAAUACCGAGUCAAGGAAUGGCUGCUUAGUGACGUCGUUUCAGGAGUUAGUACUGGGCUAGUGGCCACGCUGCAAGGGAUGGCAUAUGCCCUACUAGCUGCAGUUCCUGUUGGAUAUGGUCUCUACUCUGCUUUUUUCCCUAUCCUGACAUACUUUAUCUUUGGAACAUCAAGACAUAUCUCAGUUGGACCUUUUCCAGUGGUGAGUUUAAUGGUUGGAUCUGUUGUUCUGAGCAUGGCCCCCGACGAACACUUUCUCGUAUCCAGCAGCAAUGGAACUGUAUUAAAUACUACCAUGAUAGACACUGCAGCUAGAGAUAUAGCUAGAGUCCUGAUUGCCAGUGCCCUGACUCUGCUGGUUGGAAUCAUACAGUUGAUAUUUGGAGGCUUGCAGAUUGGAUUCAUAGUGAGGUACUUGGCAGAUCCUUUGGUUGGUGGCUUCACAACAGCUGCUGCCUUCCAAGUGCUGGUCUCACAGCUAAAGAUUGUCCUCAAUGUUUCAACCAAAAACUAUAAUGGAGUUCUCUCCAUUAUCUAUACGCUGGUUGAAAUUUUUCAAAAUAUUGGUGAUACCAAUCUUGCUGAUUUCAUUGCUGGAUUACUCACCAUUGUCGUCUGUAUGGCAGUUAAAGAAUUAAACGAUCGGUUUAGACACAAAAUCCCAGUCCCUAUUCCUAUAGAAGUAAUUGUGACGAUAAUUGCUACUGCCAUUUCAUAUGGAGCCAACCUGGAAAAAAAUUACAAUGCUGGCAUUGUUAAAUCCAUCCCAAGGGGGUUUUUGCCUCCUGCACUUCCAUCUGUGAGCCUGUUCUCGGAGAUGCUGGCUGCAUCAUUUUCCAUCGCCGUGGUGGCUUAUGCUAUCGCAGUGUCAGUAGGAAAAGUAUAUGCCACCAAGUAUGAUUACACAAUCGAUGGGAACCAGGAAUUCAUUGCCUUUGGGAUCAGCAACAUCUUCUCAGGAUUCUUCUCUUGUUUUGUGGCCACCACUGCUCUGUCCCGCACGGCUGUCCAGGAGAGCACUGGAGGAAAGACACAGGUUGCUGGCAUCAUCUCUGCUGGGAUUGUGAUGAUCGCUAUUCUUGCCCUGGGGAAGCUUCUGGAACCCUUGCAGAAGUCGGUCUUAGCAGCUGUUGUAAUUGCCAACCUGAAAGGGAUGUUUAUGCAGGUGUGUGACAUUCCUCGUCUGUGGAGGCAGAAUAAGAUUGAUGCUGUUAUCUGGGUGUUUACAUGUAUAGUGUCCAUCAUUCUGGGGCUGGAUCUCGGUUUACUAGCUGGCCUUGUAUUUGGACUAUUGACUGUGGUCCUGAGAGUUCAGUUUCCUUCUUGGAAUGGCCUUGGAAGCAUUCCCAGCACAGACAUCUACAAAAGUACCAAGAAUUACAAAAAUAUUGAAGAACCUCAAGGAGUGAAGAUUCUUAGAUUUUCCAGUCCUAUUUUCUAUGGCAAUGUUGAUGGUUUUAAAAAAUGUAUCAAGUCCACAGUUGGAUUUGAUGCCAUUAGAGUAUAUAAUAAGAGGCUGAAAGCACUGAGGAAAAUACAGAAACUCAUAAAAAAUGGACAAUUAAGAGCAACAAAGAAUGGCAUCAUAAGUGAUGCUGGUUCAACAAAUAAUGCUUUUGAACCUGAUGAAGAUACUGAAGAUCCGGAGGAACUUGAUACCCCAACCAAAGAAAUAGAGAUUCAAGUGGAUUGGAACUCUGAGCUUCCAGUCAAAGUGAACGUUCCCAAAGUGCCAAUCCAUAGCCUCGUGCUUGACUGUGGAGCUAUAUCUUUCCUGGACGUUGUUGGAGUGAGGUCACUGAGGGUGAUUGUCAAAGAAUUCCAAAGAAUUGAUGUGAAUGUGUAUUUUGCAUCACUUCAAGAUUAUGUGAUAGAAAAGCUGGAGCAAUGUGGGUUCUUUGAUGACAACAUUAGAAAGGACACAUUCUUUUUGACAGUCCAUGAUGCUAUACUCUAUCUACAGAACCAGGUGAAAUCCCAAGAAGGUCAAGAUUCCAUUUUAGAAACGAUUACCCUCAUUCAAGACUGUAAAGAUACCCUUGAAUUAAUUGAAACAGAGCUGACUGAAGAAGAACUUGAUGUCCAGGAUGAGGCUAUGCGUACACUUGCAUCCUGAAAGUGGGCUCAGGAGGUCUCUAUGAGCAAGGAAUACGAGACAAAACUUCCUCACUAAUGUCCUAUGCAAACACUUUCUGCAUUGAGUAUUUCUUCAGACUCAAAACACUCAUUCUUUUUUCUAUUAAGCCAUUGAAAGAGAAGCACUAAGACUGUUUCUAGGAUUUAUUUAUAAAAUAAACACCUUACCCCUAA